UCAGGGGCAGUGCUGGGGGCGGGCCAGGCCCCUCUGUCCCGGGGAGAGGAACCGGGUAUGGGAAUUCACCGACCCCGCCGUCCUGGAGUGGCCAUGCAGCUCCUGCCGCUGCUCGCCUGGGCGCUGCUGCCGGGCUGCUGGGCGGUAAGGGGACCCGACACCGUGCAGGGAGUCCCGGGGGGGUCCCUCUCGGUGACCUGUGAGUAUGAUCCCGGCGAGGAGAAGAAACCGAAAUUCUGGUGCUAUCCGGCAAUUACUGUUUUCACCUGUGAUGGUGACAUCGUCAUCACCUCGGAGGAGCAGCCCACGGUACAGAAGGGCCGAUUCUCCAUUCGGGACAAUCACACACGACGGGUGUUCACAGUGACCAUGGAGCACCUGAAGCUGUGGGACGCGGGCACCUACCGCUGCGGGGUGAGAACGGGCAUAAUCCAGCGUGAUAAGAGUGCCGAUGUGGAGGUGAUCGUGUCCCCAGCUUCCUCCUCCACAACAUCGCCUUACAUCCUGGCCACCAAGCACUCCUAUCUCACUAGCUCUGUCUCAGUCCCCACACAGACAACUCCCCAGCGGGAAGCUGUGCCACCGAGACCAAAUCCCUCCCACCACGGAGGCUCCAGCGCUCCAGACUUGGACGUGGUUGAGCACAUCCUCAUUCCAGGCAUUGUGGUGGUGGUUCUUUUGCUUGCAGCGGCUGUUGGUGUUUUGGUAAUGCUGUCCAGGAAGAGGAAGAAGGCCUUCUCUGGAGCAGCUGUAGAGAUGGACAGGACUCACAGCACGUCGCAUAAAGAAGAGGAUGACUUGAACUAUGCGGACCUCAACCACGCCAGGGGCACAGCCGAGACCCAAUUGUACAGCAAUGCCGAAGCAUUCCACAGCCUGGCAAACACCACGACCGAAUACAUGGAGGUCAAGCAGAGCGACAAGCAUUUGGAAGAGGAAAAAGAGGCUACACAUGCCAGCGUGCAGAAGCCCCCACCAGAGCAGAUCUACGCCAACGUGUCAGCAGCCCCACCACCCAGAGAAGAGCUGUACAGCUUGUUGCAGGGGGUGUGAGCCAGCACCCAGCCCCAUGGGCUGCUCCUGCGACUCUCCGUGCAGGCAGGAGCUGGCUUGACAGCAAAGCUGCUCAGACAUUUCCCUGGAGCGACCUCAAAGAGGAUGAGGCUGAGCAGGAGACGUGGAGCAAGAUGAGGAUGAAAUCAUCCCUCUGCAUUUGGAGAGCUCACCUGCACAGCACUAGUGCUGAGAAUAAAAAACUGUCCCUUGCAUCGGGGUAGCCCCGGCCAGAGACCGGCCAGGCAGGGGCUGGAAGAACCCAGUGGCAGGAGGCGAGGGUGGGCUGGGGGUUGAGGGUGGGCUGCUCUGCUCCUGCCUGUCUGUGGAGGAGUGCAGGAUUUGAGGAGCACAUCUCUUUUUCCUCAGAGCAUUUCCUUCCUCUCCAUCAGAAAACGUGUGCUCCAGGCUCCUUGCUCCCUCAUCCCCAGGGACAAGUGCUGGGCAGGUACUCCAGCUAAGAGGCUCUUGCACCCCCAGGGUUGUGCAAUGCUUCCCAAACUGCUCUUGCUACCUGGUGAGCUGCAAAGUGACAGGUUGUGGGAGUGACUCUGACUUGUUUUUGAUAAACAGCCUCUAAACACCAUUAAA